AUUGUCUGCUUCGUAUAUAGUGUCAACUGGGAGUAAAUUGUUUCCAAUUUGUAGAUUUUUACUUAAAAGAAAUGUUAAUAUGACUGACAAGCUAACGAAAAACGAUGUAGAUGGAUAUGGGUUCCAGAGGGAAGCCAACUUUGACCACCAUCAAUAUGAUGAGUUUAUGUCGGAGUACCUGCCCGUUAUGACCAGACGAGCUCAAAGAUGGGACAGUCUUGUCGGAGAGGGAUCCAAGAUAAACAAAUCCAGAACUGUUAAGAGGUUUUGCAGGAAAGGCAUUCCAUCUUCCUUGAGACCAAAAGCAUGGCUCUGUCUGAGUGGAGCUGCUGAACGGAUGGAUGGGAAUCCCUACCUCUAUCAGCAAAUGUUGGCUGCUGAACACAGUUCGGAACUCAAAGAAACUAUAACAAUGGAUAUACAUCGAACAUUCCCAGAUAACAUGUACUUUAUGUCGGAGACAGACAGUCGGAGUCUUCGCAAGCCUCUGUACAAUAUUCUCGUAGCUAUUGGCCACAGGAACGGAACAGUGGGGUACUGUCAGGGGAUGAACUUCAUAGCGGGUCUGCUGCUGUUAAUUAUGAGGGAUGAGGACAAGAGGGAAGAGAAGGUGUUCUGGCUAAUGGACACGCUAUUGAACAACAUUCUCCCUGAUUACUACCAUCCUAACAUGGAGGCUGUAAAACUGGACCAGGAGGUGCUCGGAGACCUAGUGAAAUGGAAGUGUCCAGAACUGUGGCAGCAUUUAGAAGACCAAGGUGUUCACUGGUGUUUGGUCGGCAUGAAGUGGUUCAUCUGUCUGUUUGCUGACGUACUUCCAACUGAUACUGUUUUGCGAAUCUGGGAUUGCUUGUUUUGUGAGGGUACCAAGGUUCUUCUGCGUGCUGCGCUCGUUCUGGUCCUCACAAACAAGGAGAAACUCCUCAAAUGCACAAACUUCGGAGAAAUCACCGAUCUCUUUAAACACCUUGAGGAAAGCAAGCAGAGUUUACAUUGCCAUACAUUCCUCAAAAGUAUGUUUGAAGAUAUUGGGUCGCUUCCAAUGUCAAGGAUUGCCAAACUGAGACAAGAAUGCCUCGCCAAAGUGUGAACAUAUCAAAUUGGAAUCAGGCUCCAAUAUCACAAAAACACUUAAGUCAAAUCUCAAUCUCAAAUUAUUUUUUAACAUAAAAUCUAAAUUUAUUCAAAAUCGUAUAUGUUUUUAUACAUUUUAAGAUAGUGUAUGAUGGUUAAAAACUCAAGAUUCCAAAAUUAUUCUACAACCAAAAAAAUAUUUUGAAAUAUUGAAAAAGGUUUUUAUCACACAUUCUAUUAGAUAAUACCAUUUUAAAAAAGACUAAAAGCAUUCAAGAUUUUGAAUCACUUAAUGGUUUUAUGUGGUAAAAUGAGUCAUGAUUGAGACUUGACUAAAGUACUUCAGUGGUAAUGGGGCCUGGAUGCUGACAUUUUUAUCGAGGACUAAUUUCUUAAACAUUCUGAAGCCUGUCAUAGCGGGUUAUCUUUUGUUUUGACAUAUUUUGCCUUAUGCUUUCCAUAAGACCAUUUGAAGAGAUUUACACAUGUUCAGCAAAAUAACAAUUUUUUUUUAUUGCCAUCGACUAAAUUUAGUAUCUUUUCAGUAAAAUGAAAUUAAAAUAAGGAUUUAAACUAAAUUGUUCCAAGGGCUUAUCUAUAGCUGUUAUAUUGUGAUGUUUUGAAACUUAUUUUAAAACUUACUGUAAUGCCAAAGAUCCUGAAAUCCAUCAUUAUUGUUGUCCUCAGGCUCCAAUUUCUCAAAACAUCUUAAGUCCGUAAUAACAGGAUCAAGCUAGGCUCAUUAUUUUUGUUUCAGUAUAAUUUGUAUUAUAUUACUAAGAAUUUUUGGCUUUGAAAGGAAAUUGUCUUUAUUAUAAUCAUUAAUCAUGAUAUACUAUAUUUUAUUUUAAUAGUAAAAUCAAGAUUAAGUAAGAAAUUAAACUUAAUGAAAUAACAUGCUUUAGCAAAUGGCACUUAAAAACUUUCCAGAAAUUUGGGCCUUCGAGGGGCUGUAUUCAAUAACCAUCUUAGAUUGAACUGAAAUCUAAAAUUAGAAAGUUUUUGGAUCGGCCUGUAUAUUUAGCUGUCCAAUAGGCUGAAUUGAAUCACUGAGGCCUGUCUAAGGAUAAAGAUAAGACCAAUAUUGAAUACUGGUUCUGGUUGCUAAUGACAAUUUCUCUAUAAUACUAAAGGCAUACUUCUUGAAUAAUUGAAUAUGGUUUAGCUUAGUGGUAAAUUGAUGAUAAACAUGGGUGACUGGUAGUUUUGUCUUUCUCUCAAAUGUUAUAUAAAUUACAUAGUUAAUUGAGACUUUUAUAGAUUUGAUAUGUGAAGUUUGACUCAAUUUGUAUCAUCUGCUAGAACAAUUAUGUGUAAUAAACAACAACCUGGUUUAGUUGUUGUAUAAGUAUUUAUGCAAUAUUGAAGGAAUAUACAAAGCGGUAUUGACAGAACUUCUAAAGAAAUUAAUACAUGUCUUUUAUUAAUGACUAUAAUCGGCUUGUUUCUUGUCGAUCAAUUUUGUUUGCAAUUUUAACUUUGCCAUGUGAUUUAUUUUUAAUUACCUUAUAUGAAUUCCACAUUACCCCAGGUUGGAUAUAUUCCAGAUGUUUUAUUAGAUGCUUGUAAGUUUUCAUGCUAACAUAUGGUGUUUAUCAUAUACACAAGCCUAUACAUGUCACAUAGUAUUAUUUUAAAAAGUCUAAUAUGUUAUAAUAGCGACUGAGAAAAGAUGCUUAGUUGUUUAAAUGAGGUACAAAGGCAUUUACAUGGUUUACUUACUGAUUAAAACAAGAUACCAAGUCAUUUUAAUGAGAUACUAAGUCAUUUUAAUGAGAUACUAAGUUGCUAUAUAACUAGAAGUAUUAAAAAUGUUUUAAAUAAUACUAAGUAACAAGUAUAGGCUUCCACACUAAUUCAUUUCUUACCAUGUACCUCACAAUGUUGUAGAAGUUAACUGAUGGGUAAAAAUAGUUUUUGCAAAAUAUUAUUUUUGUAUUCAAAAUCUUUGUUGAUUGGUAGAUGGUAAAUGCACAUAGUGAUAUGUAUUAGCUUAUACCCUCCCUCCCCCAUUCCAUCUGCCUGUUAAUCUUUUGUGCUUACUCUGUAUCUCUCUUCAUGAAAUUUGUGUAAAAUGUUCACCACAUUGAGAUGACACGCAAAACCCACGUUGGCUCAACAUUUCAGUCACUCUGCUCCUGGUCAACGGUUUGAGCCAUAGAUUUCAUGUCUGCCUUUUAUCUCCUAAUGCCCUUGAAUGAUUUUCAUGUAACCACAUUCAUAUGACAUGCAGAACCAAAACUGCAGGUGCACCAGCUCAAUGUUAAGGUCUGCUCAAUAUCCCCUUAACCCCUUAAAGGAAUUUCAAGAAACUUUGAUAAAAUGUUCACCUCAUCGAGACAGUGUGCAGACCUUUAUUCUAAGCAUACUGGCUAAAUGUGAAGGUCAAAGGUUCUAGCCAUAGACAUACAUGCCAUAUCCCCCGGCGAGGGGAAAAAUCCCCCGGAAGUCUAGGUUUAUAAAAGUUCGAGAUUAUUUGCUUAUUUUAUAAAUGUACAUGAUACUCGCUAUUUACUUAAAUGUACAUGCUUUGUACAUCCUCUUUAUUUAAAGAUUAAUGAUUCGUACAUCCUCAUAAUUCAAAUAUUCAUGGGUUGUACAUCCUAUACUCAAAUUAAAAUAGUUCGUACAUCCCCUUAACUAAAUGUUAGUGGUUCUUACAUCCCCUAAUCAGAUGUUCAUGGUUCAUACAUCCCCUUAACUAAAUGUUCAUGGAUCGUACUUCCCCUACUCAGAUGUUCAUGGUUCGUACAUCCCCUUAACUAAAUGUUCAUGGAUCGUACUUCCCCUACUCAGAUGUUCAUGGUUCGUACAUCCCCUUAACAAAAUGUUCAUGGAUCGUACUUCCCUUACUCAGAUGUGCAUGGUUUCUACAUCACCUUAACUAAAUGUUCAUGGUUCGUACUUCCCCUACUCAGAUGUUCAUGGUUCGUACAUCACUUUAACUAAAUGUUCAUGGUUCGUGCUUCCCCUACUCAGAUGUUCAUGGUUUGUACAUCACUUUAACUAAAUAUUCAUGGUUCAUUCAUCCCCUUAACUAUAGAUAUUCGUGGUUCGUAUAUCCCCUUAACUAAAUAUUCAUGGUUCAUACAUCCUCUACUCUAAUGUUCAUAGUAUUUAUUUGAUCUUUGCACAAUUAUUCAUGGUAUUUACUAACUCUUCACUAAAAUGUUCAUGGUAUUUAUUUUCUCCACUAAAAUGUCCAUGAUUUGGACAUUCCCUUUUCUCAAAUGAUCUAUGGUUCAUAAAUCCUUUGCUCAAAUGCUCAUGGUACUAACUUACUCUCUAUUUAAAUGUUCAUGGUUGUCACUUACUCUUUACUCAAAUUUUCAUGGUACUCACUUACUCUUUACUCAAAUGUUCAUGGUACUCACUUACUCUUUACUCAGAUGCUCAUGGUACUCACUUACUCUUUACUCAAAUGCUCAUGGUACUCACUUACUCUUUACUCAAAUGCUCAUGGUACUCACUUGAUCUUUACUCAGUGUUUAUGGUACUCACUUACUCUUUACUCAAAUGUUCAUGAAACUCACUUACUCUUUACUCAGUGUUCAUGGUACUCACUUACUCUCUACUCAAAUGUACAUGGUACUCACUUACUCUCUUCUCAAAUGUUCAUGGUACUCACUUACUCUCUUCUCAAAUGUUCAUGGUACUUACUUACUCUUUACUCAAAUGCUCAUGGUACUCUCUUACUUUUUACUCAAAUGCUCAUGGUACUCACUUGAUCUUUACUCAGUGUUUAUGGUACUCACUUACUCUUUACUCAGUGUUCAUGGUACUCACUUACUCUUUACUCAGUGUUCAUGGUACUCACUUACUCUUUACUCGAAUCUUCAUGGGUCUCACUUACUCUUGACCCAAAUGUACAUGGUACUCACUUACUCUUUACUCAGUUUUCAUGGUACUCACUUACUCUUUACCCGAAUCUUCAUGGUGCUCACUUACUCUUGAACCAAAUGUACAUGGUACUCACUUACUCUCUUCUCAAAUGUUCAUGAUAUUUACUUACUCUUUACUCAAAUGUUCGUGGUACCUUCUGCUUCUACGUUCAUGGUACUUGCUUACUCAUACAUACAUUAACAUGCAUGUAACUUAUUUACCCCUCACUUGCAUGAACGAGAACUUUGAACAAGUUUACUUAUAUUUAUAACAUCGAACAAUCAUUUGAACUAGUCAUACAAAGUCAUGCUUAUAUUAGUAAUAAAAAUUGUUGCCAGUUUAUUUUCAUAGUCAAGGGCAAAACAAAAGAGUUUUUCCUCAUCUUUGUUUUAAUACGUGCAAUAUGUGUUUUUAUUCAACUUUUUGUUUAGAAAUGCUUACUCUGUGUUUUUAGGUUUGCUUUAUGCAAAGGUUGUAUUUCGAUAUUUGCCUUCUAUUAAAAAAGAACAAAAAUAUUUCAUCUGAUAAAGGUGUUACUCUGAAACAGUUUGUUAUAUAUAUCAUAUUUAAUAUAUUCCCGUCUAGUAUUAAUAGAAAUGUAUUAAAACGGUUUUACACCAAGUGAUAACAUCUUGUAAAAUUCCAUGUUUUGUCUGACCAAGAAAGUUAUAUCAACUUCUUGUAGUUGGCAUUUUUAUGUGUUUUAAAGUGCUGUUUUAAAAUGAAAGCUCAAGUAUGGUACCAAAUAAAAUAGAAAAUCAGA